AUGAAUUUAUCCUGAAAAGGAUCAGUUAUUAAUCAAGAAUCAGCUCAAUUUGAAAUUCCCAAAGAAGAGACUAAAGAUGAUACUCCAAGAGAGAAAGUUCUAAUCAUCGGAUCUGGAAUAAUGGGAAUCAAUUCAGCAUAUUUCCUCGCAAAAGACGGAAGAUAUGAUGUCACAGUGAUUGAGAAAGAUAACCCAAUCAAAGGUGCAACCGAGAAAAAUGGAAAUGCUAUUACAUUUGGACUUUGUGAGCCAUCAACAGCUUUGCCACUUUGGGAGGUCAUCAAAGAGAAAUUAACAUUUCACCCAAACCCAUCCCACUAUUUUAGAUUUUCAUUGAUCUUUGAUAAACAAUUCAGAUUCUGGUUUUGGAACUACUUGAAAUCUAGAAAUAAAGAAUGCAUUCGAAAAUCUCAUCAAGCUCUAAUUAAGCUUGGCUCCACUAGUGCUGACUUGUUCGAUGGCUUCAUUAAAGAUUGCACAGCGAAUAACCUUGACAUCGUUGACUACCAUAAUGAAAAUAUGACAUUUACAUUUACAGGCUGCAGCGACCACGAAAUCAAAGAAAUGGAGAAGCAUGUUGAAUUUCUUCAGGAAUACGAGAAAGGAACUCAGAUUAUUCCUCCUGGAAAGUUUGAUGCAGAUUUUGCUUACAGAGUACCUAUGAAAUGAAUAAAUUCAGCAAGAUUUGUGGACUACAUGAAGCUCAGACUCUCUGAUAAAUACGGAGUCACCUUCAUCCAAGGAGAAAUCAAAGCCAUAACUUGCACGGAGGCUCAUGUCAAGGCGGUAGAGUAUGCUGACAGGAUGGCAAGGGUGAAGAAAAUAGAUGAUUUCGACAAGUGCAUCGUGUGUGCAGGAAUUGGAUCUAUUGAGAUUGGUAAAAUGCUGGGCCUUAAAGUACCCAUAAUGGGAUUCAAAGGCCAUAGUUUUGAUAUGUAUGUAAAAGAUCGGGAUGUUAUUGAAGAAUCUUAUAUCCACAUGCCUGAGAAAAUUUGCAUUUCCAGGGUUGGAUACAAUACAAAUGGGUUAGUAAGAAUUUCAGGGUAUGUUGAUCUUGAUGGAAACAAUCUCGAACCUAUUCCUUGGAGAAAAGAUAUGCUUAUUCAGCUUGCCAAGAAAUACGUUAGUGAAAAAGAUUAUGAUGAAUCAAAAGCUGGUCACUGGGUUGGACUCAGACCUGUCACUGCUGAUGAUGUCCCACUUAUAGGAAAAUCAUGCAGAUUCAACAAUCUUUUCUGGAAUACCGGCCAUGGCGCAAGGGGUGUUACUCAAUCAGUUAGCUCAGCUUCUUUGUUAUACUCUGUUAUAUCAGGUGAAGAUUUACAUGAAAGAUUAACAGCUACAGAUUAUGAUCCUGGAAGGUUUAAUAUCUAGCAGCCAUUGAAAGGUUUCAAUAA